AUGGCAGAGGUUGGGUUUGGUUUAGAUGUGUACAAUGAACUCUCCCUGUCCCAACCAAAUGCUAAUGUAUUUUUCUCCCCACUCAGUUUGAUGCUGGUGCUGGCCAUGACUCUGCUUGGCUCUAAAGAUAAAACAGCCUGUGAACUGAAGAAAGUUCUUCAUCUGGAUCAACUUCAGGACGAUGCAAUCCACCAGAAUAUGAAACUCUUCCACAAGAAACUCUGGAACACUGAAAAUAAGCACACCUUGAAUAUAGCUAACAAAAUCUUUCUAGAAAAAUCGGAAAACCUUUCCGCAAGUUUCAACCAAUUGUGCCUCUUGUUAUAUGCAAGCAGGGUCAAACUUGUUGAUUUUAAAAACAAUGCGUCAAGGUGUGAGUCUUCUGUGAACAAUUGGGUUCAACUUAAAACGAAUAAUAAAAUUAAAGACCUGAUAUCUCCAGGGACCUUCAACGCUCUGACAAAAAUUGUCCUGGUCAACGCAUUGUAUUUCAAAGGCAGCUGGAGCAAAUCGUUUUACAAAAGAUCAACUUUUUAUGAAAAUUUUGUCAUUUCUUCUCAACAAACCGUCAGCGUUCCAUUCAUGCACAUGUAUUCAAAAAUAUUGCGUUACGUUUGUGACCAAGAGCUCCAAAGUCAGAUCAUUGAAUUGCCUUUCACUGGUAACGCUGCUAGUUUUAUCGUUAUUUUGCCCGAUUUAUCUAUAACCACACUUUCGGAAGUGGAGAAUAAAUUAAAUGCUGACAUUCUGAUCAACAUUUCAACAAAGUUAUCCAACAAGUUAGUUAAUCUUAAAAUGCCAAAAUUCAAAUUAGAAACGAGACCGCAAAUUAAGGAAAUUUUGGAAAAAUUGGGAGUAUCGGAUCUGUUUAGGCCAGGCAGUGCAGACCUGUCCGGAGUGAACGGUGCAAAAAACCUUCACAUAUCCGAUGUGAAGCAGAAAGCCUUCAUAGAAGUUGACGAACAUGGAGUAGAAGCAGCUGCCGCAACAGCUGUCUUAGGCGGCCUCUUCAGAAAUCCUGAAACUCCCGUCCAGGUGAAUGUCGAUCAUCCUUUUGUUUUCCUGAUCAAAGACAUGAGCACUGGAGCAAUUUUAUUCUGGGGAAAAAUUGUUAAUCUGAGGUAA